AUGUUGUCGGAGACUAAUGGUGAACCAAGCCCACCAGCACCACAAAAACGUAAUACCAAUAAUAAUUCAGAUAGUGAAUCUGAUGUUAAUAGUGAUCAUUUAAUUGGUAAUGUACAACGUGUUGCUAUUGUGCCUCCAACUUAUGAAGGAAAACCAAAGAAAGGACAUUUAAUUUUUGAUUCUUCAUUCGAAUGUGGUAUGAGUUAUUAA